GAGGGAGGGAGGUGUGUGAGAGCUGCAGCAGCAGCCUGUUGGCUCAACCUAUAACACAAUAGUGGUUUAAAAAGCUCUGCACAGGAAGGUUAUGGUCAGACUCUGUCGGUUUUUGUGUGAAAGCACUUCUGACUGAGGAGGAAAGAUGAGUAAAGAGUAAAAAGGGCUGAGCGUUGGCUCAUGCGCUCCAGGAAGUCUGAAACCGCUACGUCUGCAAAAAACCGAGAGGACUAGUGGAUGGACAGAAAAAAAAAAGAUCUACCCGGUUAACCUUUGAACCGUUUCCCUUUGUCCUCACAAGAAGAAGUCACAAGACAAACUGGCCGUAUAACUUCACGAAUGACAGAGCUAACGAAACUACAGAGCAAAGCAAGAGGGAAGACACACACACAUCAUGUCCUCUGUCCAUUUCAGUCCAGGCUCGGAUUCAGGUGUAAAUGGAAACAUUGCAAAGAUGGAGGAUGCCAAAGUUGAAAUUGAAGAUGGAAAGGAUGAGAGCGUGGUACCAGACACAAUGUAUCACAAUAUCCGGAAGAAGAUAGCCCCUUAUGUUAUGUCCUUUGGAUUUCGUAUAUUUGGGGUGAUCCUGAUCCUAGUGGACUUUGUGCUGGUGAUUGUGGACAUAUCCCUGCAAACCAGGAGCAGAGAGGUUGGAGACGCCUUAGAGGCCGUGUCCCUCCUCAUCUCCUUCUUCUUCCUCGCCGACGUUCUCCUGCGGGUCUAUGUGGAAGGGUUCAAAGUUUACUUCAGCUCCAAGCUGAACAUCGUAGACGCCUGUGUAGUGGUAAUCACGCUGGUGGUCACCAUGGUCUACACCUUCACUGACUUGUCAGGAGCCAGUCUCAUCCCAAGGGUGGUGACAUUCCUCCGUUUCCUGAGAAUACUAAUCCUGGUGAGGGUUUUCAGACUGGCAGCUCAGAGAAAAGAGCUGGAGAAGGUCACCAGGAGGAUGGUUUCUGAGAACAAGCGGCGUUAUCAAAAGGAUGGAUUUGACCUUGAUCUUACCUAUGUCACAGACCGUGUCAUCGCCAUGUCUUUCCCCUCCUCCGGGAAGCAGUCAUUCUACAGGAAUCCAAUCAAGGAGGUGGCGAGGUUCCUGGACACUAAACACGAAGGCCACUAUAAAGUUUACAACCUGUGCAGUGAGAAAGGCUACGACCCCCAGUUCUUCCACUACAAGGUCGAACGGGUGUUCAUCGAUGACCACAACGUCCCCUCGUUGGAGGACAUGUUGAAAUACACAGCAAACGUGAGGGAGUGGAUGUCUGCUGAUCCCCAAAACGUCAUUGCUAUUCACUGCAAAGGAGGGAAAGGACGCACAGGUACUAUGGUGUGCACCUGGUUUAUUGACAGUGACCAGUUUGAGAGUGCACAGGACAGUCUGGAGUAUUUUGGUGAGAGGAGGACGGACAAGAGUCGGAGCUCCAAGUUUCAGGGAGUGGAGACUCCCUCUCAGAGCCGGUACGUGGGGUACUACGAGAUCAUGAAGACCAAGUUCAACAGGCAGCUGCCUCCGCCUAAAAGCUUCAGCAUCAAGAGCAUCCGCAUCCACUCCAUAGCAGGUGUGGGUAAAGGUGAUGGGAGUGAUCUCAAGGUGAAGAUAAUUGUGAGGAAAGUGCUGGUGUUUCAAUGCGUGUGUGCCAAACAGGAGAACUGCAAAGUAUUUCCUGAUGUGGGCAGUAAUGCAACAGUCAUCAGCCUACAGAAUGGACCUGUGGUUGACGGGGAUGUGAAGGUCAUGUUUGAAUCCAGCGCUGGUCUUCCAAAAGGAUACGAAGAUGUUCCAUUCUACUUCUGGUUCAAUACCUCCUUCAUAGAGGACAACAGGCUGUUUCUACCCAGAGAUGAGCUGGACAACCCACACAAACCAAAGACCUGGGACCUGUACAAGGAGGACUUUGGUGUCACGAUGCUUUUCUCAGAACCACAAUAAAAAUCCCUUUAGAAAGAUGAAGAGGAUUAAAUGGCUUGUUACAGUUGUACUUUUAAUGAUGGAUGGUGAGCAGUAAUUGGUAGAUUGAACACUGACUCUAAAAAUGAGUUCAUAGAGAGGCCUAAAAUAACUUAUGAUCAAAUGAUUUUGAGGGCAGUGGAGUCCUCCACGCAGUCAAAUCAUGUAGACUGCAGAGUUGCUCUGAUGAGUCGUGGCACUUAGACUGAAAUUUAUAAUGGAGGGAUAUGUGAAGAAUUACCAUUAAAUAAUGUUGUGUCUUCCGGUGAA